CUAGAGGUUUAAAAGUAUUAAACCAGGAAGUAAACAUUUUUCUGCCGUUGACAGUAUUUUUUAGUAUUUUAAAAGAAAGAAUGACUGACAGCGAUCCUACUGAAAGCAGAUCAGCAGAUUUGACUUCGUGUCUACCAGAUCUCGCGAAUGAUUUCACAGGGUAUCUAGAUGUUGAUGCAACAAAAGAGAAGCAGGCUUUCUACCACAGCAUUGAUGAGAUGCUCACAAAGCUGGAUGAGUUUGGAGGACUUGUUGACUCAAUCAGAAGUGACACUAGCCUGUGUGUGGAAACCAAUGUACGGAAUAUACAGACCAAAUGUGAACAAAUGAAACAAAUAUUCGCUAGAGUGGACCAACUUGAGGCGUUUGUGUCCCUAGUUAAACAAAAUGUGAACACAGUGGAGGAAUGUGUGAACAAGGCCGAGUCUGAUAUGAGCUCCUUCCCCAGCCUGAAAAAGGUCUUCUCCUCUCUUGUCGGCAGUAAAAAGCAGAGCCAAAAUAAAGAGAAGUUAACUUUCAAUCCUCCAGAUAUUUUCCUCACUGAGGACUUUAUCACUCCGGUUCAAAGUGUGGUGAAAAUAGAUCAGUCAAUGAUGGACACAAGUGGGAGUAAAUCAGUUCAGAGUAAAGAAAGUGAUUCUACUGAACAAACAUCGAAAGAUGGUUAAAUACAUCCUUUAACAAAGGCUAUCGAGCAGUAUACGCACCAUACCUAGAUUAUUAAUACUCUACACUGUUCAUCCACAUGUGUUCCAAAUGGACAAACUGUCGACACAAGGAGAUGUAGCCUGUGCAGGGACAGGCACUAAGCCAAUGACUGUGGAUUGUUGUUGCCAUAGUUUUUAUUAUAAUUUGUUUAUAUAUUAUUUAAAAAAUGUGAUAAGUUUCAAAGCUUCAUUAAAUGUUUAACAGUGGCUGUGUUCUUAUUAAGGAAGUUUUGAGCCUUGUUGCUUGUGAAAUAGUAUUUGAAACAAUUGUCUCGGUUUGGUCACUAUUUUACCCACGACUGUGACAAUACAAUACAAAGACAAUAUGACAUACCAAAUAUCCAGUGCUCUCAUACCUAUAUUAUAUCUUCUUAUUGAUGUCAUUAUUGGGGUAUGAACGCAGUUGGUCUGGUUUAUGUCUGUGGAGUGUGAAUGACUGACCACGUAUACUUUUACCUGGCCCAACUGUGUUCAUAUUCCCGAUAUGACGUUAAUCACGCAAUUCAUUACUUAUGUUUACACCAAUAGUUAUUAUUUAUUUCCAGAAUUUCUGAAAGUACUUCAUUUCAUUUCAGAAAACCUUUUAGUAAUUCUUUCCUCACCCAUUUUGUAAAUAGAACAACCUGACAAUAACCGGAAACAUUUUGUCAUAUGAUGACAAGACAACGCAGGAAAAACUUUAUAGGUGAUUUUUAACGUAAAAAUGAAACACAAACAAAUCAAAGUAUUAAUACUUUUUAACAUGUUGAUUCAAGUUGAUUCAUGGCCUGAUGACACAAUAACAAGAUAAACAAUUUUCAAUUUACAUGUAUAUUUAUAUGCCAUCAUUUGCAAUCCAAAGGUGUUGCGUUCAUUAGAUAAUAAUUGCAAUUGUCAUAAGGCUGCUCAUUUUGGGAAUGGAAAUUGAGGUGUAAAUAUUAAUAUAUUCAAUAUUUUAGGAAGACCCUAAGCCUCAAACAGAAUGUUUCCAUAUUUCUAUAAAAACUAAAACCUAAUACAUAAGAUAGGACGCAGGCAAUUGUUUCCCCAACAUUCUGGGGGUAAAGAAGUAUACAUAGUAUAAAUGGAACAUGUAAUAGCCCUUUUUAAAGCUUCAUCAUAAAUAUAAGUGUUUUGGCCCUCAAAAGCUCAUUUCAAUCAAAUGUAGUGGUUAGAUUUCCAUGGAAUUGGAUGUCACCUGUUUCAGCUCACAUCAUUGUCAAACCCAUUACGAGUUACAAUUGUAAAUUGAGAUUUUUUUCUGAUUUUAAUAAACUGUGCAUGUAUUUUAGACUUUUAGUGUUAAAGGGAUAGAACUCUGGUAUUACCAUACCAAAUAUUUAUCGAUGGAGCUUUCGUUUUUUUGUGUUUAAACAAAUUAAAUAAGAAAUUAGCUUUA